GUAUUGAUUCAGUAUUUAUCGGUGAUGUAUUUGAGUUAUGGAUCUGCUGCUGUGGGGGGUCGGUGUUCUGUCAGUGUGUUUGAGCUCUCAGACUGGUUUACCUGUAGAAGCAGAACCUGGUGAUGAUGUCACUCUCUGGUGUCAACACAGCUUAACUCCACCAGAUUAUUUAUACUGGAUCAAACACACAAAUAAUUCAGUACCAGUUUAUAUUGCAUGCAAAUAUUACACAUCAUCAUCAUCAUCAUCAUCAUCGUCAAAACCCUGUAAUUUUAUAGCUGAGAGUGACAGAUCAGUGAUGAGAGUGAACUCUAUGAACUCCUCUCUCACUAUAACUGCAGUUACUCACUCUGAUUCAGGACUCUAUUACUGCAGCACACUGAAAGGAAAGCGGAUGAUCUUCAGUAACAAAACUUAUUUACAAAUCAAAGAGAGAAGUCAGAUAUCUUCAGAUGAUCCAGAAAAAUAUAACAAAGAUGCUGACUCUUAUCCUGAUGUGUUCCCCAUGCUGACUCUGGUGUUUGGAGCUGUGAUUGCGGUUCUGCUCAGUGCUCUUCUCAUCCUGAUCUUUACCAGACCGAGUGAUCAGAAAGAGCAUCACAAAGACGGAUCUGCAGAGUUCAGACUGCUGGAUCACCAUGUUCAGUGUUACUAUACAGCGGUGGAACACAAAUGCAUCACAGUGUAAUCAGUGCAUCGCCAUUGAACCAGAAGAGACCAUAAUCAAUGUAAUCAUUUUCACUGUAACUGUGGUUAAUCUUCCAGUAAUCUCCUCACACAGUUUAAAUGUUCAAUAUUUAAUAAAACAUUUUUAAUGAAAUUUGCAUUUCUGAAUCUUUAUCUUAAUUUAGUUUAAUACAGGUCAACUCAAUUGGGGGAAA